UACUGCACUAUAUGGAAGAAACAAAAGAUACAAGAAAUGCAGGAACCACUGGAAGAGGAGGUACAGGAGAUAAAGGAACAACCUCAUGAUACAAAGGAAGAAAGAGUAGCAAAACUGGAGGAGAAAAAAACAGAAGGAGCAACACCUCAAUCAGUAAUUAAUCAAGAUAUACUAUCAAUUGAUACAAGUGUGACAAUAAUUAAUAAGCAAUUAAUAAAAGAAAUGAAAACAAACAAACAAUUAGAUGAAACACUAACAAAAAUGAAAGUAAAGGGGCUUCAACAACUUUUGUCUUUAGGAACAAAUUCUAGUUUAGUUUCAUACAGAAUUAGAAGAGGCAUGAGAAUGGAAAUAGAACAAUUGCAAUUAUUAUUAACAAAUAAAACUGGUUUACUGGAUCAGAGUAAAUUAUUAAUAGAUAUUAAGAGAGAAAUAGCUGAACUACAAGAAGAGAUAUCAAUAAUGAGUGUACAUAUACUAAAUAAAAGAGAAGAGAACAAAAAAUAUAGAAAUAUAUUAAGAAUGAAUAAACCAACAGAAGAAUCUGUUUUUAUUGCUCGUUAUCACUAUCAUGCAACAAUGAGUGGUCGAAUAUCAUUCAGUGAGGGAGAGCAGCUGGAGAUAUAUGAGAAGGAGGAUAGUUUUUAUUGGAAAGGAAGAUCUUUGGUGUCUGGUGAUGAGGGAGUCAUUCCUAGUAGUUGUGUUUAUUCAAUGUCAGAGUCACUUCAAUUGUUAAAGUUUAUACUGUCAAUUGAAGAAGUAUCCCUUCCUAUUCUACAGAAGAUAAGGGAUAAUUCAUGUAGUAAUGAUGAGAAAGCUUCUCUUUUCUUGGAGAUUAUUAAUGAUGAUCCUAUUAUGAUAUCUGCACUAAGACAAGACAAGAAACAGCAUGAUAAAAGGGUCACUGGGAGAGUGAAAUGGGACAGUGACAGGGUAACCCUUUACUCUCCAUCUCCAGUUCAGUGUAAUGACGCGAUUAGUAAUAUUAAUAAUAAUCGUAAGAAGAUUGACCUCCGCUCCUCAUCUACUAUUGGUACAGUAUCUCUACUAUCAUCAACUAAACUGCAUACAUUAAACCUGAGGAGACUUGAGAUAUGGUUGACUCCAUUAACUAAUGAUUGUAUCCAGUACUUGUGUACACUACUAACUAAUAAUGAAACGAUACAAGAACUAGUCAUCAAUGGCCACUCGAUUAGUGAUAGAGGAGUUAUUAAUAUCUGUCAAGCACUUGAACACAACUUUAGACUUACCUCAUUAGAUCUUUCUAAUAAUCCACUCAUCACUUGUACUAGUGGACAGGCCCUUUCUCACCUCCUCCUCAAUAACUCAUUUCUAGUUAAACUGAAUCUAAGGGAAACUUCAUUAUCUACUGAGUCAAUACUACUCAUCCUCCAGUCAUUAUGUUAUAAUAAUAAUAUAAGGAGAUUUAUACUAGAUGAGCGACACAAAGAGACUUGUAUUAAUAUUUAUCCUAACUAUCACCUCAUACAUGACAGAGUCCGCUGGUGGCCAUACUGAUCACUCUUUAUGUGAACUAAUUAAUUAUCUCUUGAUACAACAAUUAUUGCUCAAAUUAAGUCAGUUCAUUUUCACCAAUAGGCAACCAAUCAGAAUACACUGCUUUACAUGGUAAAAGGUGGACCAGUGACACUUUACAUUAUCAUAAAUCUAACACAUGAACAUCUCUUGAUCUCUCAUCAAUCUCUCUCUCUCUCUCUCUCUCCUUCUCCAGUUUAUACUGUACAUUCCUUCUCUUACUGACAAACAUCUAUUCUAUCUCUCCCUUAGUCUACUCUUCAAUAACUUUUCUCUAGCUGACCUUCCUCCAUUUCUCUUGUUCCCAUUCUCAAUAUAUUUCUCUCAAAAAG